AUGACGUCAGCGCGCACGUAUCGCGCAGAGUCAGCCGUUUGGCGCAGUUUUCGUGUGUGUGUUUUGCGGGAAAGGAACUCACCUGGUGCGACUUCUGCGGACGACGUGGUGUGGAUCUGCAGACGUGGAGCUGCGCUGAGAGGCCCGCAGCUAACAGCACCCCCCACCCCCCCACAUGCCCCUGGUUUGUCCCAUUGUGUGAGGCCGCUGGAGGUGAGUGAUACGGGGCAGGAAGCGGCAGACCUCACAGACAAUGCCAGGGCAGACCCGAGACCUUCGAGCCCGCCGCGCUAUCAAAGAGCCGGCUUAGCGCGCUCCCAGCCUCACCUCGGCCGGGGGAAGGGGCCACGUCAUGCUCAGGAAGUCGUGAGCUCUGAUGUCCAACCACGCCCUCCGCCGUGGCAACAACAAGACCAGGUGUGUGACGACCGUGGAGCUGGGUGCAGGACCAGGAGGCCGUGA